AUGAAGCACCCAGAACAUGACGUCUCCGUAUCAAUAUCAACCAAGGAGUUCACCUGCCCCGAGUUCAAUGUCAAAGUCAGAAACAGUGCAGUACACUGCAUAAUCCCCGGCUACCCAACCAAACGCUGGUUCGUCACCCUCAAACUCGCCCCCAUCUGCGAAUCCGAGGAAAAAUGCACGCAUUACCUCGUGAUCCUACCAAACAAUGAGUCGCAAGUAGUUGCCAGGCCCAAAUGGUGGCCUGCUUUUGUAACAUUUUUUGAUCACGGCCCACCUGUGGGCGAGGACAGCUACCUCCACUUGGAUAGUACCCCGAGAUUUUUUUGUCCACCUCCGGGCGCGGAUACAAUUCUACCCAUACAUUGGAUGAUACAGCUGAGGAUCUUCAGAGCGACGAUGGUGUAUUAUCCGCGUCCAGCAGCAGAAAGGCCGCUAUCUGGGGCUAGAACCAUCAUGGCUUGGAGGUUUGAGUAUCGUUGCCCUGCUUCGAUACGGGACUGCCCGGCGUGGAACGAUAUCCCUAUGUGGUUCGAGGAGGGAAACGAUGAGUGGGGAAGGGACAGCUCAGCUAAUCAGGCCCCUCACCACGAAUCCGAAAAGCAACAAGUUGUGGAUAUAUCGUAUCAAAUGGACGAAGAAGUUGAUCCUCCACCUGCAUAUUAUCGAGGACCCAGACCAAAGAAUCCUCCACGGAGUGAUCUUCGGAUCAGAGAUCUAUACCAUAACCUUGAAAAAAACCAUAUUGCGUGGAGGAAAGUGAGAAGCCCUUUGGCUGGUCCCGCUGACAAGAGGUGCUCCACGGAUCUGAGAGGGCGGGCGACGCGGCCCAUGGUAUACUACAUGGCAAGAUCCCCGUAUACCAACACCAAAGUCAUUAGAAAGCAGCAGCCUGGCGAGGGUACAACGCAGACUUCGCACAGCGCUAGCAUAUCUGGAAGCCGAUAUCCAAACUUGUUGGAUGGAGGAUCGGGGAGUCAUGAACGAGUCGCCCCCAGCCCCUACGAGGAGGCCUCGACCCCCCUCUAUCGUCUUAUAAGAAGACAUAAUAUAACCGUGGAAACGCUGAACUUCUUCCUGAGGGGAGAGAAGGAUAUCAGUCGGGCGGACAUGUUUGGCAAAGAACGUUGGCUCGAUAUCCCUGGACUACCUCCUUCGCCCGUGUGUGAGUACUUGACAGACCCGGAGCUAUUUUAUACACAUAGCAUGCUAGAAUUUCACGAGAUGAAUGAAAGGGAUAGAUUUAGAACCCUCCCUCGUGUUCUUACGACCGAAGAGGCGGAGGAACUCGAAAAAUACAGGAAAGCCGUACGAUGCUCUCUUGAGAACCCUGUAUCAUGUCUAUUGAUCCUGUCUUGGAAGGACGGUGAUGCGAAGAGCAAGGGAAAGGGGCACAGUUUGUAA